AUGGGAGUAGAUGCGCUGUUUAUUGUGCUGGAAGCUGCCCUGGGUCUGAGUGUCACUGGCGUUAACCUACUGGUCUGUGUGACUGUGUAUUUACACAAGGAGGUCAGGACACUCACUAACUAUCUCAUUACUUGCCUGGCGCUGGCGGAUUUGAGCGUCGGUGUCCUUGCUGUGCCCUGCAGCAUCUUGCUGAGCUUGGACCUGACCUUGUGUCUCAACAGCUGCCUGCUCCUUGCCUGCUGGCCACUCAUCACCACCCAGUUCUCCGUCUUCGUCCUGCUGGCCAUCGCCAUCAACACCCACCUGAAAAUCCGACAGCCAAGCAGGUAUCGCAUCCUGGUCACUAAGAAGCGUGUCACCAUGGCGAUCUCCCUCUGCUGCAUCUUGGCCCUGAUCAUUGGCUUCACGCCGGUGAUGGGAUGGAACAGCCUGGACCUCCCUGCCGAAAGCCUCAUGCCCAACGUCAGCCUGGCAGCUGAGAGGUCGCUCCUGAGGGAGAGGAUCUCGCUCCUGGGUUUCUUCCCUCAGCCUUUCGAGAUGGCGAGAGUCGCCAAUCUAAGCCGGGCGGUGGCGGGCCCUUGCUCCUUCCGCCACGUGAUAUCCCUCAACUACAUGGUGUACUUCAUGUUCUUCUGUUGUACCCUGAUGCCCCUCUCGACGAUGCUGGGCAUUUACGCCGAUGCCUUCCGCCUUGUCCAUGGAUACGUCAACAGCCAGCAGUUCAGGUCGGCCAAGCGCUGUGACAUCCAGACCGCCAAGACCCUCUUCCUGAUGGUGGGCCUCUUCUGCCUCUGCUGGUUGCCCCUCAACCUGGCCAACUGCCUGGCCUUCUUCUGCCCCAGCUGCAGCCCGUCCUCAUGGUUGGUCAACCUUAUGGUGGCCCUGUCCCACCUGAACUCGCUGCUCAAUCCGAUGAUCUACGCCCUGAGGAAGAAGGACUUUGGAACUGUGCUCAAGGCCGUCUUGCUCCAGCACCUGCCGGGCGCCUCCAGGUAUAGGUCGUGCCUUUCCGGGUCAAAGGUCAGCCCCAUAUUCCACGUCACGCGCCCGUAG